CGGCCCAAGUCUGGUAACAACAGCGGCGUCGCCUUUCGCCGGUAACUUACUUACAAAACCUCUCCUUCUCUCUCUCUCUCUCUACUUUUUGCGAAUGAAUACGUUGUAAUCGUAGACAGAGACGUCAGGAACUUGCUGGACUUCUGCCGGUCCGAUCACUACUUCACUACCGUUCUCUGGUUCUUAUUUCCUGCAGAUCAUGUCUGGGGAAGCUCCUGGUGAUCUGAAUGGGCAUCUGGAUCCUAAUGGAAAAUGUGAAAGCCUCAAGGUCAAAGACCUUGUUGAUACUGAUGUAGGACACACAAAACUUGAAGAAAAGCACAAAAUAGAGAAUGAUUCCAUUGUUGCAGAUCUCACGAAUGGCAACCCAAGUCUUAAUCCAGGGGUUGAAGGAGGAAACUCAGAGGUUGAGUACAUUGAUUCAGAGAACCUUACUGACGUGGAUAACGUAGAAAUGAGUCUUAAGACAUUUGUAGAAGGUCUACGUUCAAAAGAGUGGAUUUUGGUUUGUGAGGCUCUAAAUGAUGUUCGCCGUUUGUCUAUAUAUCACAAGGAGAUGCUAGUUGGCAUGUUGGUAGAAGUGAUCCCUUUGAUUGUAAAAUCCCUGAAAAAUCCAAGAAGUGCAGUCUGUAAGACUGCCAUAAUGACAUCUGCUGAUAUAUUCAUUGCAUACAAUGAUCAGCUAAUUGAUGAACUUGACCCAAUGCUUCUUCAACUUCUUCUCAAGUCUUCACAAGACAAGAGAUUUGUAUGCGAAGCAGCUGAGAGAGCUUUAAUAGCCAUGACUACUUGGCUUUCUCCAGCAUUACUGUUACCAAAGUUGCAACCAUAUCUGAAGAACCGGAAUCCUCGAAUUCGAGCCAAAGCUUCAUUGUGCUUUUGUCGAAGUGUCCCACGCCUAGGCAAUGAAGGGAUAAAAGCUUUUGGGAUGGACAAAUUGGUGGAGAUAGCAGCUGCCCAGCUGAGUGACCAGCUUCCUGAGUCAAGGGAGGCUGCCCGGACUCUUCUUGUAGAACUUCAAUCAGCGUACGAGAAAUGUCAGGAGGCAGAAGAUGCUGCUGUCGUUGAAUCAUCUGAAAAAAAUUCUUGGGAGAUAUUCUGUCAGUCAAAACUGUCCGCUUUAAAUGCGCAGGCAGUUCUCAGAGCAACAACGAAUAUUGGGGGGCAGGAAGGUCGUCGUCAAUCCAGUGAACGGGUUCCAGCAGUAGCUGCUGUAUGAAGAACAUAUUUGGUUUUAUUGUUACUGAGUAAAGAAGAUAUGGAUUUUUCAUCCCCUCCCUUGAUUGGUUGUUUGAUUACUUGUAAAUACCACAAGAGAGGUUUAAAAUGAUUGGGAUUUGAGGUUGUUCCAAGGAUUGUAGUUGCCUUAUAAAUAGUGGUGGCAUUUUAAGUGAUUCUUUGACAAUUAUUCACAGCAAGAGUUUUGUUUGAGUACUUACUACUUUAUGA